AUGAAGUCUGGCAAGGCCGUCUUCGAGGGCCCGCAGGAGGCGCAGCACCGCAUCCGCAUCACCCUCUCGUCCAAGAGCGUCAAGAUCCUCGAGAAGGUGUGCUCCGAUCUGGUGUGGGGCGCCAAGGACAAGCUGCUCCGGGUCAAGGGCCCUGUCAGGAUGCCCACCAAGAUGCCCACCAGGAAGUCGCCAUGCGGAGAAGGUGACUGA